AUGAUUAAAUUAAUAUUGCUUUUGUUUUUUGUGAGUCAGUAUGGUAAGGUUGGGUUUUGGUUAAAGUGGCAAAAAUUUUUAAAAAUAAAAAUAAAUUUUUAAAUUUUUAAUAAAAAAAAGAGAAAUAAAAGCCCCGAAAGCAAUUUUCGUCAGAAGUAGACAUAAAACAAAGCCUACUAGACUUUCUAGACCAGACUAUCCCGGCCAAAAGCAGAUUUGGCAAGGCUGAGCCCGGCAAAUGUGUGCCCGAGGCCGGGGGCAUAAAACAAGGGGCCAACUUAGGUCCCACAACGAAAGAUUUGACUUGAAAAAACUGUAAAACUAAUGUGACGUUUACUGAAGAACUCCGGUUUACAUUACACUAUUCUAAAUUUAUAUAAGAGGCCUGGUCCGGCCCCUUCCCUCAAAGCAAAUUUUCGAAGUUAGGGGCACAUAAUUAUUUGAACAAAGAGCGUCAAAAACAGUUUCUGUGAAGUUGUUCAACUAAUUCUGUGCCCCUCUCAAAGAAAACUUUUUAAUUUAGGGGCACAGAACAAUUUGAACAAAAAGCGACAAAAACUGUUUCCAUUAUUCUGUUCAACUAAUUCUGUGCCCCCUUUCAAAAAAAAAUUAUCGAAGUUAUGGGCACAGAAUUAUUUAAACAGCCUACCAUAACAUAAACUUAUCUUUCAUGAACAAACUAAUAUUAUUUCCAUUUUCAGGCAUUGCCCUACCCACCGCCUCAUCAUUGACCCUCAAUGAUGUGCCGGCGUUAGCUGAUGACCCCAAAGAUCCAGAACAGCCAUCACCAUCACCUUCUGAUGAAGAAAACAAGAACGGUGAUUACCAUGCCUAUGGCAAUGGCAAUCAACAGCCAUGGGGAGCUAAUGGACAAAACGGGUUUAACCAGAACCCCUACGGGCAAAACGGGUUUAAUCAGAACCCUUACGGUCAGAAUGGAUUCAACAACAACCCUUAUGGUCAAGGAGGAUUCAAUCAGAAUCCGUAUGGCCAGAACAAUGGAUUCAAUCAGAAUCCUUAUGGCCACAACCGACCAAAUGGCUUUAAUAAUCCUCGCCAGAAUGGCUACCCUACCAAUCCUAACGGCUAUCAGAACCCUAAUGGGUAUCCAAAUGGUAAUGGAUACAAUGGCAAUCCCUUCGGUCAACAAAAUGGUCAAUAUCCACCUCAAAAUGGGUUUAACAAUGGGUACAGUAAGUACUAGUUUAUUAAACCUAAUUAAUGGUAACAGGUUUAAACAUAACAGAACUAAAGGUACUUACAUAGGAAGGUAUUUAAAACAGAAAUCGACUUUGGGACAGACCUAUAUAUUAUGUAAGCCUAAACCUACUUACCUUGAGCCUACCAAGCCAUCAUAAAGAUUUAACUCAUAUAAACCUUAAAAAAUAAAAUUUCAGACCGAAACCCUUAUGCCCAACAACCAUAUCAAAACCAACAAAAUCCAAAUGCCAAUCCAGAGCAAGCAGAAGAGAACAAAGAAGGCGAGAAUGGAGAGAAGAAGGAAGGAGAAGAACAAAACAAUGCCGAAAACAACCAAAACAACAACAAUAUGAAUGGCAAUGGUCAGCCAUUCAAUGGGCAAAACAAUGGGUAUCCUUAUGGUAAUGGUCAAAAUGGCAAUCCUUAUGGUCCUAAUGGUAACCAGAAUGGUCAAUAUAACCCAUAUGGUCCUAAUGGUCAAAAUGGCAAUGGAUGGGGCCCAAAUGGAAACCAGAAUGGUCAGUACAAUCCCUAUGGUCCGAAUGGCCAAAAUGGUAGCCCAUAUGGUCCUAAUGGUAAUCAGAACGGUCAAUAUAACCCAUAUGGUCCUAAUGGUCAAAACAACAACGGAUGGGGUCAAAAUGGCAACCAGUACCCAUACAACCCUAAUGGCAACCAGAACGGCAACCAGUACCCAUAUAAUUCUAAUGGUAACCAGAAUGGCAAUCAAUACCCAUAUAAUCCUAAUCACAAUGGUAACCAAUGGGGCCAAAACGGCGGCCCAGUUCAAAACCCUCAAAACCUGCCAUUUGGAAUCGCUAACGGACAAGGAAAACAACGACAACCAGGCUACGACCCCCUAAGUGGCUUCACUUUCGGCCAAGACGGCCAAGUUCAAUAUGAUUUUAGAGCGCCGGGUGCUAAAGAGCUAAUACCUUCAACAACUGAAGAACCACAAGAAUAA